CGUCGUUUCCGAUGUUUGUCGUGAUGUUAUUUCUUGUCAUCGCCGUGUCCAUGCCGUCCAUUCUACAAUCUUGACUUGAGAAGUCAAUGGCCGUGCUCAUUCCGUCGAUCGCCUGAGUCUCUCAUAUAUUCCAACGUCAAGUCGUCAACAACCAUUCACGUUGCCUUCGAUAACAAGAAAUGGGUUCUCUCCGGGUGUCUGUAUCUUCCCUCGUCGUCAUCGCCGCCGUCUUUCUUCUCUUCGUUCUCACCUCCGCCGAAAUCCGGUUCACCGAGAUUCGAUCCGAUUCAAACUUCAACAUUCCGAUAGACGAAUUCGGAUUCACUCACUUCGGCCGUCUGCACCUCAACUUGUCUCAAAUUUCAUUCAAUCCUCCAGAACCCGAUCUUUCCAGAAUUGGAUUCUUCUUGUGUACUCGUGACUCAUGGAUCCAUGUCGUCGAACAACUCCAAUCGGAGAAAAUCCGUUGCCCUCUCGAUUCCCCCGCCGUCAAACCCGUCUUUACCUUCAACCACCUCAAACCCACCACCACAACGCCUUCCUACGAUGCCGUUUUCAACGUCACCGAUACCAAUCAAUUCACACUCGUUUUUGCCAAUUGCGCCGGCGGCAUCAAAGUUUCCGUCAACGUCCUCUCCGUCAUGUACAAUCUAAACCCCCAAAACAACCGCCGCGAUUACUUAUCCGCCGGUAAAUCAAAUCUCCCUUCAAUCUAUUUCUCGUUUUUCUUGAUUUAUGCGUCUCUUUCCUGUAUAUGGAUCUACACGCUGCAUCACAGGAAGUCAUCGGCUUAUCGAAUCCAUUACUUUAUGUUAGCCGUGUUGCUUUUAAAAGCCCUAAAUCUCUUAUGCGAAACCGAGGAUAAAUCCUACAUUAAAAGAUCAGGCACACCUCAUGGUUGGGAUGUUCUGUUCUACAUCUUUAGUUUCUUAAAGGGUAUCACACUCUUCACUCUGAUUGUUCUCAUAGGCACUGGUUGGUCUUUCUUGAAACCUUACCUACAAGACAAAGAAAAGAAUGUGUUGAUGAUCGUCAUCCCCUUGCAAGUCGUCUCCAAUUUGGCUCAAGUGGUGAUAGAUGAAACGGGUCCAUUCGGACAGGAUUUAUCUACAUGGAGGCAAAUCUUCUUGUUAGUAGACAUAAUCUGUUGUUGUGCUGUUUUGUUCCCGAUUAUUUGGUCGAUCAAGAAUCUGCGAGAGGCUGCUAUGACUGAUGGAAAGGCGGCUGUGAAUUUGAUGAAAUUAACAUUGUUUAGGCAGUACUAUGUUGUUGUCAUAUGUUACAUUUACUUCACAAGGGUGGCGGUUUAUUUUUUGGAGAUGAUUACUUCCUAUCGGUAUGCUUGGACAAGCGUGUUCUUAGCCGAAUUGGCUACACUUGCUUUCUAUGUGUUUACUGGAUACAACUUUAGACCCAAGACGCACAACCCUUACUUUGCCAUUGACGAUGAAGAGGAAGAAGCUGCUGUUCAGGCUUUGAAGCUUGAAGAUGAGUUUGAGUUAUGAGGUUGGUUGUAACUUGUAAAGGCUUGAACAUGCCAGGUCUAAAGCUAUAAAAGUAGGAAAUUUGAGAUCCUGUUCUUGUAGCAAUUACUUGUAAGAAUCGUCAAUAUAUAGUGAUUAUGUGCAACAAAAGUUUCAUAAAGAAUUUGGUUUGAGUUUA